AUUGUUAACAGUGGGAACUGAGAGCCCCAGCUGCUCCAGGUUGGGGCCGUAGGGGCUCCCUAAGGAGGGGACACCAGGGCCCCAAUGUUUCACAGAGGGGCAGGGGCAGCGACCCCGGGCAGCACGGCCUCAGGCUGAAGCCCGAUCUGGCAUUUCCUUGUGCUCAUAAUGAGAAUAGUUCUCCAAUUAGCCAAGAUGAACCUCAUGGACAUCACCAAGAUCUUCUCCCUCCUGCAGCCCGACAAGGAGGAGGAGGACACCGACACAGAGGAGAAGCAGGCUCUCAAUCAAGCAGUGUAUGACAACGACUCCUAUACCUUGGACCAGCUUUUGCGCCAGGAGCGUUACAAACGUUUCAUCAACAGCAGGAGUGGCUGGGGCGUUCCUGGGACACCCUUGCGCUUGGCUGCUUCUUAUGGCCACUUGAGCUGUUUGCAAGUCCUCUUAGCCCAUGGUGCUGAUGUUGACAGCUUGGAUGUCAAGGCACAGACGCCACUUUUCACUGCUGUGAGUCAUGGCCAUCUGGACUGUGUACGUGUGCUUUUGGAAGCUGGUGCCUGUCCUGGUGGUAGCAUCUACAACAACUGUUCUCCCGUGCUCACAGCUGCCCGUGAUGGUGCUGUUGCUAUCCUGCAGGAGCUCCUAGGCCACGGUGCAGAGGCCAACGUCAAAGCUAAACUACCAGUCUGGGCAUCAAACAUAGCUUCAUGUUCUGGCCCCCUCUAUUUGGCCGCAGUCUACGGGCACCUGGACUGUUUCCGCCUGCUUUUGCUCCACGGGGCAGACCCUGACUACAACUGCACUGACCAGGGCCUAUUGGCUCGUGUCCCAAGACCCCGCACCCUCCUUGAAAUCUGCCUCCAUCAUAAUUGUGAGCCCGAAUACAUCCAGCUGUUAAUCGAUUUUGGUGCUAAUAUCUACCUUCCAUCUCUUUCCCUUGACCUGACCUCACAAGAUGAUAAAGGCAUUGCAUUGCUGCUACAGGCCCGAGCCACUCCACGGUCACUUCUAUCACAGGCCCGUUUAGUCAUCCGCAGAGCCCUGUGCCAGGCUGGCCAGCCACAAGCCAUCAACCAGCUGGAUAUUCCUCCCAUGUUGAUUAGCUAUCUAAAACACCAACUGUAAUCUUGCAGUCUCCCCAGGAACUUAGGAUGCCUCCAAAAACCACCUGGCGACUCAGGUAGCUAGAGGGCAUUACAGCCUCAUCCACUUACCUGGAGCUGCUUUCCUGUAUUAUCCUCCACAAUAAAAUUCUCCGGAAAAUAA